AGAUUUGGUGGCUUCCAAACCCCAUCCCCUGACAACGGGAUGAUGACGAACUUUAUAGAAAUCGGCCAAGCAAGAGAUAAGGUAUUAAGCUUGAAAUUAGAUCAGAUAUCGGAUUCUGUGAGUGGACAGACUACAGUUGACCCUAAAGGUUAUUUGACUGAUUUAAAUAGUGUGGUUAUUAAAAGUGAUGCAGAAAUUGGUGAUAUAAAAAAAGCACGUCUGUUAUUGAAUUCUGUGAUUUCGACAAAUCCAAAACACGCACCAGGUUGGAUUGCUGCUGCUCGUUUAGAAGAAGUUGCAGGUAAAUUAUCCGAGGCGAGAACCAUUAUUGCCAAAGGAUGUGAGGAAUGUCCGAAAAACGAAGAUGUUUGGUUAGAAGCUGCACGUUUGAAUAAUCCUGAAUCUGCAAGAACUAUAUUGGCAAACGCUGUUCAACAUCUUCCGCAGUCAGUUAAAAUCUGGUUACAUGCUGUCAAAUUAGAAACUGAUGCAAAGGGUCAAAAACAGGUUCUUAGAAGAGCUUUGGAAUUUGUACCUAAUUCUGUGAAACUUUGGAAAGCUGCAGUUAACAUGGAAGAAAAUCCUGCUGAUGCACGUAUAUUAUUAGCUCGAGCUACAGAAUUGGUACCCCUAUCUGUUGACCUAUGGCUAGCUUUAGCUAGAUUGGAAAGUUAUGAGAAUGCAAAAAAAGUUCUUAAUCGUGCACGUACUCAUGUUCCUACUUCACAUGAGGUUUGGAUAGCUGCAGCUCGACUUGAAGAACAACAAGGAAAUGAGAAAAUGACUGAUAAAAUUAUAAAUCGCGCUGUCACUGUAUUAUCAGAAAAAGGUAGCGUUUUGGGUCGUGAACAGUGGUUGCAAGAAGCUGAAAAAUGUGAAAAGGAAGGAAGUGUUGGUACUUGCCAAGCCAUAGUCAGAAACACUAUUGGAAUGGGCGUAGAAGAACAAGACAAAAAAACCAUAUGGAUGGAGGAUGCAGAAAGCUGUAUUUCGCAUGGGUCAAUAGAAACGGCCAGAGUAAUUUACGCUCAGGCUUUGAAAGCCUUCCCUGGUAAAAAAUCUAUAUGGAGAAGAGCUGCAUUUUUGGAAAAGUCACAUGGUACAAGAGAAUCUCUAGAAGAGUUAUUACAACGUGCUGUCAGAUUUUGUCCUCAAGCCGAAGUCUUGUGGCUUAUGGGUGCAAAAGAAAAAUGGUUGGCGGGUGAUGUAGAUGGUGCUCGAUUUAUUUUAACUGAAGCUUUUAAAGCCAAUCCGAAUAGUGAACAGAUUUGGUUAGCUGCUGUAAAGCUCGAAGCAGAAAAUGGUGAAUAUGAACGUGCACGUAUGUUACUUCAAAGGGCAAGAGAACAAGCAGGAACAGAAAAAGUGUGGAUGAAAUCGAUUGUUUUGGAACGUCAACUUGGUAACAUCAAUGAAGCAUUGGCAAUGUUGGAUGAAGCAUUGGUCCAAUACCCAACAUUCGAUAAAUUAUGGAUGAUUAAAGGACAAAUAGAAGAUGAAAAAGGUGAAUUACCAACAGCAAGAGUUACUUAUACCAAAGCUGUUAAAAAUUGUCCGAAAUCAGUUCCUCUGUGGAUUCUUUCAUCGCGUUUAGAAGAAAAGGCAGGGCUACUGAUUAAAGCUAGAGCUACUCUUGAAAGGGGUCGUUUAUUAAAUCCAAAGACACCUGAAUUAUGGUGUGAGGCAGUUCGAGUGGAAUUACGAGGUAACAAUAUUACAUUACAAGAAUGUCCUAGUUCUGGCCUAUUAUGGUCAGAGGCUAUUUUCAUGGAACCUCGUCCACAACGUAAGACUAAGUCAGUGGAUGCACUCAAAAAAUGUGACAAUGACCCUAUUGUCAUUGCGACAGUAGCGCGUUUAUUUUGGGCAGAACGCAAAGUGGAUAAAGCACGCACGUGGUUCGAAAAGGCUGUAAAAGUUGAUCCAGACCGCGGAGACUCUUGGGCCUGGUACUAUAAAUUUGAAUGCCAACAUGGAACGGAGCAACAACAGCAAGAUGUAAUUACUCGUUGCGUGGCAGCUGAACCACAUCACGGUGAACAAUGGCAAAUUGUUGCAAAAGAUAUGAAAAACGUUGGCAAGAACGUCGAGGAAGUUCUCAAAUUGGUCGCGCAAGGUGUUAUUGGCAAAAAUCAGAAUCACUGGACUUCAAGUUUUCACAAUAUUCCAAUAAAAUAA